AUGAGCGCCCGAACACGUCGACAAAAGGCGGCCCUUGCUGCCGAGGGAAACGAGAGCGAGGAGUCAGCAAAUGGCAAUGGCACCCUGUCUACACCCUCUAAGAAGGCGCCCUCGAAGAAGCGGAGUAGAUCGAACCUGAACGAGGAACCCAGGGAGAACAUCUUCCUCUUUGCCCCCAACCUUAUCGGAUAUUCCCGAAUCGUUCUCGCCAUUGCCUCCCUCUACUACAUGCCCCUCCACCCACGCACAUGCUCUCUUCUUUACAGCGUGUCAUGUUUGUUGGAUGCGCUGGAUGGCUAUGCCGCGCGAUACUUCAACCAAUCGACUACCUUCGGCGCAGUGCUGGACAUGGUGACUGAUCGUUGCACUACUGCUUGUCUACUGGUGUUCCUGAGCUCGGCGUGGCCUCGCUGGGCCAUCGUCUUCCAGAGCCUGAUCUGCCUGGACAUGGCCAGUCACUAUAUGCACAUGUACGCCACUCUCAGCAUGGGCGGCUCGAACAUGAGCCACAAGAAGAUCGAUUCCGAGCGAAGCUGGAUUCUCUACCAGUACUACCACAGCAAGACUGUUCUGUUCAUCUGCUGCGGAGCCAAUGAACUGUUCUUCAUUGGUCUUUACCUCCUCUCCUUCUCCUCGCCUGUGCUGUCGCCCUCGCUGCUCCAGCCCGUCCCAGAUGCGCAGCCCUCUUCCGCGCAGCCCGGUACCCCGGCCAACCCCGCGCUAAGCAGUCUCUUUGCGAGCCCCUGGAGUGCUGGUGCACUCGAGAUGGCUCGUGCGAACAAGGUUGACAGCACUUUCCCAUGGAUCAUCACCCUGGUCUCGCUGCCGAUCAUGGCAUUCAAGCAGUAUGUCAACGUCGUUCAGAUGAUCAAUGCCAGCAAGUGGCUCGCGGAGGGAGAUAUCGCAGCCCGACGUGCCAACAAGAAAUAA